UUGCAAUUUUGACAUUUCUAUUACUUCCUUGGACCUGUCAACACUGUGCGGUCACUCAGCAGGGGAAGCGCGGGGUUCUCACCACACUUUCAAAUACAGUUCAUAAUUUAACCCGGUGAUUUGUUUAAACUAUUUGGCUAAUUUAGUGUAAUGUAAACGAAGUUAAAUUGUAUUUAGUGAACACUGAUUGAUAACAUAGUUUGGUUAUUGUACCUUUGAACUGAUCCAAUGUUAGCCGACGUGAUGCAGCAGUCCACCAAGACGUCCUUCCUCAUCAAAGAUCUCCUGGGAGACGUCCUCGUCAACAGAGAAGUUACAGAAGAUUCUGACUGCUCAGAAGAGGAGGGAGAGGCACGAACCAGGCUGCAGCAUCCAUUGCCACUGUUGCUUCAGCACCACAGCCAGCUGCUGACACUGAACCAUGACGACUCAUCGGCCAACAAGAAUCGCAAGCCACGCAGACGACGAACCGCCUUCACACAUGCCCAGCUCGCUUACCUAGAGCGCAAGUUCCGCUGCCAGAAAUACCUCUCCGUAGCCGACCGUAGUGACGUGGCCGACGCCCUCAAUCUGUCCGAGACGCAGGUCAAGACCUGGUACCAAAACCGCAGAACCAAAUGGAAGAGACAAAACCAACUACGCCUGGAGCAGCUGAGGCAGCAGGCGUCUGUGGAGAAGGAACUGCUGCACCAGCCUGAGGCCAGCUGUUGUGCACCUUACCAGACUCCUUCGUCCGCAGCCUGCAGCUUCCUCACCACCGCCGCCGCCAUCUUCCGUAACGUUACUUAUGUCCACGGCUGCCCUCUGUAAACUGGAUCGUCCAACUCUUGCACUACUAAAUUGAAUUUACAUACCCAAUUCUAAAACAGAAUAUUCAGUUAAGGUGACAAAUCUAAGUUGUACUAUUUAAAAUAUUCUCUUUACAAGCACUUGUAAAACUGAAGUUUGUGUUGCUUCAUUAAGGACAAUUUUAUAAUCCUAGUUUAGAAAGUCUGUUUCUGUUACUGACGAAUCUCAUUAAAGGCAAACAGUAUAUAAACAUGUACAGACAAAUUGAAUGCACUCAAUAAUGCAAUGCGACGUUUCGGUAUUAAAAACGAGUUGCUUAAAACUCACCAAUUUUAUUUUUAAUUAAAGAAACAGUUUGUUUUUCCAAUAUAUAACAGAUAACUGUGUAUGGGUUACUUUUAACCUAUUUUAAAAGUAAAGUCUUUAUUUUAAGUCUUUGAAUUAAUUUUAUCAGACUAAUUUAGUUUGUAACAUGACAUUUGCAAACUCAUGUGAUAUUGUGUGCGUGAUAUUUGACACGGUUUCGUUGCUGAACAUUGAACUGAUUCAACGUCGUGUGGUUGUGAGUCAGAACUCAGUAGUAACCACUUAUAAAUAUUUGUAGUAUAUGUAUCUAUUGUAUAUUGAAUAUAUCAUCAGAUGUGUCGAGCUUUUGUCCUAAUUGUCGAAUGCCGCGUCUUUGUAAAUAAUGUUUAUUAAUAAUCGUAGGUUUUAAUAAUAUUCUAUGUUCAUUGAUAUAACGUGUCACGUCCUGUAUGUAGAAUAUUACUUCUUACACAACCAUCAGCCUAUUUAUACAUCUGUUCCUCUACUAAAUAAAGAACAAAAAUAAUGUAGAGUGGAAGAGUUUUUUCUCUAUAUGUACAGAUAAUCCAAAUAUGGGCUUUAACUUCUCUAAAAAUUAAACUAUGCUUAAUUAUGUUACAUAUGUUCACACAUCAUGUACCAAAAUCAUUAGAUCAAAUUCGGAUUUUCCCCGAUUUUGAAUAUUAUUAAUUACCUAGUCCAGUUUCUGUGUAUAAAACAUUGUUAAUUGAAUAAUAAAAUAACGUUUAAAUACUGCAAAUAAACUAUGUUCUUUCUUUAUUUCUAUAGUUUUUGUCCUCUCACCCAUAAUUUUCAUACCUUGUAUAACUCCGGUUAAUAGUGUGUUUUAUUUGAAUGAUAUUUUUUUAAUUUUUUCGUUAAGUACUGUCCUGAGGACAGCAUAAGUGUGAAAAUUUGUUUGAACUGUCCACGAGGAA